GAGUCCCCACCUCUGCCAGCUAGCUGCACUCAGGAGCCGGAGCAUCGGAAGGAUCCCAUGAAGUUCUGGGCUUUCUUGACUCUGCUGGCCCUGCUGCUCCCGGAAGCAGGGCCAGCUUCUCUCCCAAAGAAGGAGAGGAAGAGGAGGGAGGAGCAGAGCCCUGAAGAAAGCAAGGCUCACGCGGUUCCGCAUGUGGGACACGAUGUCCCAAGCGUGGACGACUACCAUGAGGUCAUUGACCUGAGCAGCUAUGAGGAGGACUACGGGGACCAGCUCCCCGAGGUUGAGCUGAGCAGUGCGGCUCCUCCAGCGGGGACCAGUCCUGCACGGAGCACCGUGCCUCCCAGGACACCCUCACCAACGCUCACAGGGACCAGGCCGACUGCCCCAGGCCGCCUGCACUCCCUGACCAGCGGUGGCCUGCCCACCUGCCUGGUCUGUGUGUGCCUCGGGUCCUCUGUGUACUGCGAUGAUGCCGACCUGGACCACCUCCCUCCUCUUCCCCGGACCACCGCCUACCUGUAUGCCCGCUUCAACCGCAUCACACACGUCGGGGCUGGAGCCUUCCAAGGACUGACGAAACUGAAAAGGAUCGAUCUCUCCGGCAACCUCAUCUCCUCCAUCGACGCCGAGGCCCUGCACCCGCUGCCCGCGCUGCAGGACCUGAUUCUGUCUGAGAACCGGCUGGCAGCCCUGCCUCCGCUGCCCAGGGGCACUGAGAUCCUGGACGUGCGCCGCAAUCGGCUCCGGAGCUCGGGGAUACAGCCUGAGGCCUUUGGGGCGCUGGAGAGGCUGCAGUUCCUCUACCUGGCAGACAACCUCCUAGACGCGAUCCCCGGGCCUUUGCCUCUGAGCCUUCGCUCUCUGCACCUGCAGAAUAACAGGAUAGACAGCCUGCAGAGGGGUGCCUUCUGUGACCCCGAGGAGCACAGGCACACCCGCAGGCCUCUGGAGGACAUCCGCCUGGACCACAACCCCAUCAACCUGAGCCUCUUCCCAGAGGCCUACUUCUGCCUGCCACGGCUCCCCAUUGGCCGCUUCACCUAG